AUGCCAAGAAAAGGAAUGACGACUCUGUUUUUCAAAUCUCCAUCGCCGUCACCUUCGAACUCUCCAUCAAGGAGCGCCACCCAACCUUCAUCGCCGCGUCGCAGCUUCUACGACUCUCUAAUGGAAGAGAACAUCAAAAUCGCACAGACCCUCAUCACGCAGUGGGACUCUGACUCUUCUUCUUACACCAACAUCUCCUCUCUUUUCCAUGACGACCGCCAAGAGGCCAGGCUCUACCUCAAAUCCGUCAAGGAUUUACAGUCCGCCAUGCAACACUUCCUCAGCUCCCAAGACUCCAGCGCCGAAAAGCUCAUCAUUGCUCAGAAUCUUAUGCAAUCCGCCAUGAAGAGACUCGAGAAGGAGUUCUACCAUAUUUUAUCCGCCAACCGAGAGUACUUGGACGCCGAAACCGUGUCGAGCCGGUCAUCCAGAGCCUCAGCUCGGUCCAGCGUUUCCGAUUUGGAAUCCGAGUCGGAGGACGAGUCACGAGCCACAACCGAGUCGGUUUCCGCGGUGGACCAAAUCUCUACCAUUGCAAUGUCCGAUUUGAAAUCCAUCGCUGAUUGUAUGAUAUCGUCUGGCUAUGGAAAAGAGUGCGUGAGAAUUUACAAAAUCAUAAGAAAAUCGAUCGUCGACGAAGGCCUGUAUCUUCUUGGAGUGGAGAAGCUGAGUCUCUCUCAGGUUCAGAAAAUGGACUGGCAGGUUUUGGAGACGAAGAUCAAGAACUGGUUAAGCGCCGUUAAAGUCGCCGUUAAAACUCUCUUCUACGGAGAGAGGCUGUUCUGCGAACAAGUGUUCGCCGCCUCGGACUCCAUAGCGGAGUCGUGCUUCAACGAGAUAUCUAAAGAGGCCGCAAUGACUCUGUUUGGUUUCCCGGAAUUGGUGGGAAAAUGCAAGAAACUAUCUCCCGAGAAAAUGUUCCGCAUUUUGGACUUGUACCAGGCCGUCUCGGAUCUUUGGCCCGAAAUAGAGUCCAUCUUCUCUUUCGAAUCAACCUCAGCCGUCCGAUCUCUGGCCGUUAAUUCUCUCAUUAAGCUAGGUGAGGCCGUCCGCACUAUGCUUACGGAUUUCGAAUCGGCGAUCCAGAAGGACUCGUCCAAGACACCGGUCCCAUCCGGUGGGGUCCACCCGCUUACUCGUUACGUAAUGAACUAUAUUUCCUUCCUCGCCGAUUACAGCGAAAUACUUGGUGAUAUAGUCUUUGACUGGCCGUUGACGAUCUCGACGCCGUUGCCGGAAGCUUACUUCGGGUGCUACGACGCCGAGGAGUCGCCAAUUUCAAUACGCCUCGCGUGGCUCGUCCUUGUUCUCCUCUGCAAACUCGACGGCAAAGCCAAGCUGUACAAAGACGUGGCGCUAUCCUAUUUGUUCUUGGCGAACAACUUGCAAUACGUCGUCGGAAAAGUCCGCCGCUCCAACGUCAAGUACUUGCUGGGGGAGUAUUGGGUGGAGAAGCACGAGUCAAAAGUCAAACAAUACGCCUCGAACUACGAGCGGAUGGGGUGGAGCAAGGUGUUCGCCUCCCUACCGGAAGAUACAACGGCUCAGAUUUCUUCCGAUCAGGCAAAGAGCUACUUCAAGCGAUUCAACGCAGCGUUUGAUGAGGCGUAUAAAAAGCAGACCUCAUGGGUCGUGCCCGACUCGAAACUCCGAGACGAGCUGAAAGUUUCGGUGGCUAAAAAGCUAGUGCCGGUAUAUCGGGAGUUUUACGAGAAGCAUAGAGUCGGGAUGAGGAUGGACUGCGGGGAGGACUCGUUGGUCAGAUAUGCCCCCGAGAAUCUAGAUAAUUACUUGUCGGAUCUGUUGUAUGGGGCCGCGAGUGGUGGGAGCGUUUCGUCAUUUUCGUCGUGCUCUUCCUCGCCGUCACAUUCGCACGGUAGGCAAGGUCGUUGA